AUGAGUCGCCCUCCUCCCUAUCACCAAAAUCCCAACUAUCCGCCCGGCGUUCGCGGAGGGGCUCCUCGUGGUGCUCAUCAUCAUAGUCCUGUUCCUCAACAAGGUCAUUCCAACCAGGUCGCUGUCCCGUACCAGGGCUAUCCCCAUCAGGCUGCCAUGCCCGCAAACCACAGCUACCUGCCCAGCGCUCAAGCUCAUGGCGCUCCGUCUGCUCAACAUGGCCAUCAUAACCAGCCUACCCGCCCACACCAGGGUCGUCCCAAUCGGCCUACUGUCCCGGCGACUGGCGGGCCCCCGCCCAUUUCAAUACAUACAGACUUUGCUCCAUCUCCUGCCAAGAUCAUGGAAUACAUUGUCUACUAUACGAAUCACCAUCAAUUCCUUCCGGCGCACCCUCACAUCAAGGGACAGCUUUCGGCUUUCAUCCAAAGAUGCCAGCGGCCAUUCCGCAGUAAACUUAAACAACCUCGUUUCAAGCGGACCAACCCGAGUCCACAACCUGGUGAAAACAUCCUUCAUUCAGUGCAGGUAAUCGGCAGAACUGGUCGAUUCUUUGACAUUUAUGAUUUUUACUCUGCGUUGGGUUAUAUCAUCUCCAAUGCCGAAUUGAAUGGCAUUAUUAGCGAAAACAAUCGGGAGAAGACGCGAACCUUCCACCGAAAAAUUCUGGCCUACUUCACCAAAUGGGUAGCCACCAGCGCCCAAACAAUUUUUAUAGGUACCCUUCCACCCCGCAUGACCGGUAUCGCCUACCGCAACUUCGUUGAAGGCGCCACAACGUUCCAGCUUGGUGCAGUUUAUUCAUGCCAGCCGGAGAGGACUGGGACAGCCGAAGAGCGCGCAGCUGCUACCAAGCUUGGACUUGAGGAAGGAAGAAACCUCUAUCCUGGUGUUCGUUAUCCAGACGUGAGCCGGCGGGAGUAUACAGGGGCUAAUGUGAAGAACGGCCAGUGUCUCGAGGUGCACAUGCUCAGCGAUCUCCUUGCGAUGGACGGUAAAGAUGGCAAAAUCGAGAUACAUGGCAUGGCUGUCCAAACCCGAGUCGUCUUCCCCAUGAAUUCUUACGAUGACUCGGAGACCAACAGAAAGGAGUUUCGCAAGGCUCUUGAAUCGCCCUGUUGGAACUGUCUUUCACUCUUUCGCUCCAUCAACCAAGCCAUGCUGGCUGAUCCUCAGCGAGAUGAUACUAGGACGAACCAAGCCUUCCAGUUCUACGACCAGUCUGGUCGCGAGCUCGCUGACAUGGGACGUCCGAAUUGGCAUGAACAACAAUGUUCUCGCUCCAGCUGCCGUAAUCGCAACUCAGCACUGUGGCACUGUUUGUGCCAAAAGGUAUUCUAUUGCAGUGAUACUUGCUCGAAGAUGGACAGGGCCACGCAUAACCUGGAGUGCCCAGUACUUGCGCAGUGCUCUUUUCCGAGUUGCACGAAGCUUGCCUACCAAGGGGAAGGUAUCCGGAAUGUGAUUUGCCAGUCAUGUGUCGAAAUGCGGACUCGGCGAGGUGUUGCUGGAAGGGUGUACGCAUGUUAUUGCUCAGCAGAGCAUUUACAAGCGGACGAAGCAAUGCACCGCGCUUGGUGCUCGAAUCCAUUAAACCUGGGACCCACACCGCAUGCCUUAGCGACAGCGCUAGCAAAGUAUCCCGAUUUGUAUCAGCUGUUGUAUGGCUAG